AUGACUCUGCUGGGACCCUGGGACCAGAGGUACCCCUGGCCCGUGGUAGCAGCUCCAGAUAACCCGCCUCUCCAAACUGGUCCCGAAGAAUGUCCGUUUGUUGACCAGGUCUAUGGCUCUUUCAAAACAGUACCAGGAGUUUUUCUGUGGCAGCUCUCUAUGUACCAGCUCCGCUUUUCCCUGAGAAAGAAGAUUCACCAGAUUCUGGAGAAAUUUGCUGAUCUUGGUACCAAUCCUGAAGAUGCCUUGGAGCCAGCUUGUUCAGAGGACUGCACAGUGAUAGAAGGACCUAUUCUGGACUGCUGGACAUGUCUGCGUAUCACCACACAGUGUUUUGAUGGAGAAGUCUGCGGAGUGGAAGACAGACAUCUGGCAGAAUACAAUGAAAUUGUUCUUUAUGUGUUCCUUGUUUGCGAGUCUGCGAUAACAACUUGGAUCAUACUUGUGUGA